AUGGAGUUUCCUGUCUCUACCACUCGACCUAGAUGGGAAAGAGAUGCCGGACAAGUCACCACCUCAGUUCGACCCAAUCUUGGUGAACAGAGAGACCUCAUCAGACAAUCUGUGACUAAUAUCAUCAGCGUACUUCGCACGUUCUCCCUCAUGACGAUGAAGAUCGACGACCUUCUUCGCUUUAAUAUCGAGAUCACAGAGUUUGAUCCCCUGAACCCGUUGGAUCACACCAUCUUCCAGCCGAUGCCGGUGUCUGAGUUCAGUAAAUAUGAGCUUGAACAAGAGCUCUUCCAUGGAUUGAUGACGGAUAAUGUCAAAUUGACGGAUUUGGAACUUCCUGAUCCUGCCAGCAACUCCGCUUCUCGCUUGGACAUUGAGCGUGCGGCCAUGCGAGAGAGUCAACGUCUGUAUCGCUACAUUGACUUACUUUACACUUGCCACUCGCAGAUUGAAGAGCCUAACGACCCUAUCUCUAUGGCAGUGGGUUGGAUCAGCAUUCCUGUCCCUCUUCCACAGUACACUUGGCCUCGAGAGCUCGGUCCGAAUAGCUGGCCCCGUGAUCAUGGAAUGUUGUCUCACGAUCUUGGACCAGAGCAUGUUGGAUGGAAGUGUGAGAUGGUGAGUGAAUGGAAGGAUCGCUCGGGACGGACCACCAAGGUCUGGCCUCAUGUUCGAAUGGCCGUUUGUCACGGGCACAGCGGCGAUCCUCACGGGAUUUUGAUCGGUGAGCUCGGUGCAAUUGCUCAAGUGAUUCUCAAUCGCCUGAAUCAGCCACAGUUCGACAAUGAGUCCUACUUUCCAGUUCUCAUGUUGUCAUUCUUCGGCCCCCGUCACAUGCGUUUUCUGCAGGCCGUUUACAGACCGGCUGGGUAUUUGGAACUUCGAGCGAGCCAGAUCUUCGACUUUACCACACUGGCAGUCUCUCGACUUGAUCUGAUGCUGGAAUACCUUGCUUGUUCUCCGCGCCGUGACCAUCACUAA